UGAGCACUACCAAAGUAUCUCGGAGCCCACCCGGCCUAGGAAUAAAACGGUCGACGUUAUACCAUAAAUCGACAGACGAGGACAUAAAGAACAUGAGUGUCAGAGAACUUCCGGCCGUAGAGCCAUAUUUGAUGGCUCACAAAUGUGGAGAUUCCCUCAAGCUUCAAGUUUGAAUCAGACUGGAAAACCAACACUCAUUAAAAGUGGAGAAGGUGCCUGGUGAUUUGGAAGAGUCUUCCGGAGCUCAUGGACAGAAAAUCACAGGGCUGACCAGAAGAUCCAAAGUCUGAUGUAUCAUUCUAAAACUGGAUUUGUUCAAUUGUACACUUAAUGGACAUUGGCUGGCUAGACAAUAUAUUAUUAACUUUGAUAUUAGGAGUAUGUUAACUUUGAGAAGUGUUUGUGAACUCUUCAUUUACUGGUGAACUAUCUGUGAAUAUGGUGAAAAGAGAAUUAACAGAAGAGGCGGGCCACUCAACUCAGCUAAACAGUGUGAGUUUGCAAACUAUAGGUCAUCAACAUGUCAAAACAGAUCCAUUCUUGUACUCAUUUGUGGAGACAGAAUUGGAGAGACCUCAUGCACUGCUGAUGGGAGAGACCAGAUUUCUGGACCAACUCCAUGGAAACCAGUCUCCUUGUAUUAAAGAUAGUUCUGCUGAUAAUUGUGGAGGAAAUUUUCCUUCUUGUCCAGAGUCAGCUAUUUAUGAGGAUAGCAAAGAAUGUGUUCUCAGCGAACAGCAAGCCACAACUCCUGAUGUAGGAGUGGUGGUUAACACUGGAGUGGACAGUUACCAAAGAGCCCUGUACCGGAGUGCCAGGUACCAGCCAGUGGUAAAACUUGAACGUAAUCCUCAUGUUGACCAUAUGAUCAGUGUAAAGGUCAGCCCAGCAAGCAUUUUAGUGAUAGGAGAAAUGUCACAUGGAGAUCAGAACCUUCAAGUCAAAGGUGAGCGGGGAUUCAAAUUUUGGUCUAUAGCAGACACUUUUGGUGAAGCACAGGGAGUGUUUGGUGACAAAAUUACAAACCAAAACUUAGCUGAUGCUGACAUUGCCUUGUCAGGUAGUGAGGUCGACCCAACACUCAGUUUUGUCAAGGAAGAAGUGUCACACGAAGAACAGAAUCGUCAGGUGAAAGGUGAGCCUGGCUUAGAAUGGCCUCCAGGGGACACCUUUACUGAAGCACAGAGAGUGUCUGGUGACAGAAUUACGAACUGGGCAUGUGAUAUUGCUAUACAGGAGACAAUGUUUUCUGAUUGGGGAGGGGAGUUGAACAGUUUUGAGGAGGGGAGCAUGGGUGCCAAGUACUGGCAUGUGGUGAAACUUGAGAACAUACCUGAUGCUGACAUUGCCUUGUCAGGUAGUGAAGUUGUCUCAACACUCAGUUUUGUCAAGGAAGAAGUGUCACACGAAGAAUGCAGUCUUCAAGUGAAAGGUGAGUCUGGCUUAGAAUGGCCUACGGGGGACACCUUUGCUGAAGCACAGAGAGUGUCUGUUGACAGAAUUUUGAACCAGGAAAUACCUGAUGCUAAUGUUGCCUUGUCAGGUAGUGAGGUCGACCCAACACUCUGUUUUGUCAAGGAAGAAAUGUCACACGAAGAAUGCAGUCUUCAAGUGAGAGGUGAGUCUGGCUUAGAAUGGCCUACGGGGGACACCUUUGCUGAAGCACAGAGAGUGUCUGUUGACAGAAUUUUGAACCAGGAAAUACCUGAUGCUAAUGUUGCCUUGUCAGGUAGUGAGGUCGACCCAACACUCUGUUUUGUCAAGGAAGAAAUGUCACACGAAGAAUGCAGUCUUCAAGUGAAAGGUGAGUCUGGCUUAGAAUGGCCUACGGGGGACACCUUUGCUGAAGCACAGAGAGUGUCUGUUGACAGAAUUUUGAACCAGAAAAUACCUGAUGCUAAUGUUGCCUUGUCAGGUAGUGAGGUCGACCCAACAUUCAGUUUUUUCAAGGUAGAAGUGUCACACGAAGAACGGAAUCUUCAAGUGAAAGGUGAGCCUGGCUUAGAAUGGCCCACGAGGGACACCUUUGCUGAAGCACAGAGAGUGUCUGGUGACUUCCAUCAGGAGAAGGUCAAUGAUGGCUCAGAAUUUCAGGUUAUGUUGGAUGCCAGCACUGAGACACAGGAACAGUCUGGGUACUGGGUUGAUGACACGGAGGCUGCAUUAGAGACUGUGCCUCUUAAAACAGGAGUGCUGACUUGCGGAGACAGUAAUGAGAGUGUCAGAAACCUGCCUGGGCUAAAGUUGAAGAGCAUACAUAAACGAAAUGGCGUGUUGAGACAUGUUAAAAGCAAAGCUCCGGAUACAUGUGAUCUGGAUACUGAGGAAAUGAGAACUAAGUCUUGUCUGGACGGGUAUAGUAGUGCAAAGUACCAGCCUGUAGUUAUGCUGGAAAGGAUACCCACUUACACAUGUAGUACCCCUGAUGUUGAGAUGUGUCCAUCGUUUAAUGGGACUUUUAGCGACAGCUGUCAUGCACCUGGAUUCAAGACAUCGAGAGGAGAUACUUGCACUCUUAGACCAUACAACAUUGCCAAUUUCCAGCCUGUGGUUAGACUGCAAAACAUACAUAUAUCUGCUCCUGAUGUGGGCUUGUUGAGCUCAGAAAUUUGUCCAACAUUCAGUGAAAAUGUGAGCAGAGAAUCCUUACAGAGAGAACCCGAAACAGAGGGACAAAUAAAUAAGAUUUGUCAAGACACACAGAUUACAAGUACCGUGUACCAACCAGAAGCUAGUAAAGAGGAGUCACCAGCUCUGAAAACAUGUAAACGUGGGUACCCCUAGUACUAUCAGUGAUAGAACUGUUGCGCAGUCCUGUGAUUUAAAUAGGCUUGUGACAGCAGACAACGCUAAAAGACAUCAUACCUGUAACAUUUGCAAGAAAAGUUUCUUUCAUUUAUGGCAUUUGGAGGAACACAAGAAACUACACAUAGCAAAGAACCGCCAUACUUGCAACAAAUGUAACAAAAGUUUCACAGUGCCCGGAGAAUUGAGGAAGCAUAUGACACUCAUGGGCCAUUUCAAGGAAUAUAAGAAGUUUCACAUAGAUGAAAAACCUUACAAAUGUAACGUUUGUGGAAAAAGAUACAAAAGCAGCAAUCGUUUGAAGGAUCACCUAAGAUUACACACGGAUGAAAAACCCUAUACUUGUGACGUUUGUGAGAAAAGUUUUACCAGUAAAACAGAUAAAUACGUGCACAUGAAAUUACACCAAGGUGAAAAUGCGCACAUUUGUUACAUUUGCAAGAAAAGUUUUGACAAAAAUGAUGCGCGUAUAUUGAUUGGACACAUGAGGUUACACAGAAGUUAAAAAUCAUUGAUCAUUAAAAAUCACUCAUACGGUGAUAUAAAAUAAUACAUUAGUGAAAACCCCUACACGUUUCAGGCAGAGAGGUCGUUCGAAGUAUCACAUGAGCUUGCAUACAAGUAUAAAACCCUACACAUUUAUUGGGUGUUAGAAAGUUGUUUUACAACACGGAUCAUAUGAAGUUGCACACUUCUAUGCAAGAUCAUACACAAGCAAAUUAAAAUAGCCUUGCACGUACCUUGUAACAUUUGUCAGAAAGAUACACACGUGUCCAAAACCAACCACCAUAUGUGAGAAAAAUUUUGCCCAAAAGCCUAGAAUAAAAGGUGAAAUGAAAGGA